UUAAUUUAUUAAGAACUUUGCUGCUUCUAAUCCUCAAAGAAUUUAUAAAAAAAUAAGUUAAAAUUUCUUGGAUAGUUCUUAGAUAAUUUAAUUAGGUUUAUAUUAACUUCUAACUAUGCCCAUAUUCCUAAUCAGUCUAGACUUUAUCAAAGUUAAAGUAAUGAAUUAGAGACAACCUUCGUGCCAUUUUAAAAGCUGUACGAUGUCAAAGCUUUCACAGUGCCUUAUUCGGGAAUUAUUUACUCAUGCUUAGUUAGUAAGAGACAUCCAUUUAUUAUAAUUUGGACUAUAUCGAACGCCAUAAAGAUGAUCCUUGGUUAAGCCUUAGCCUCAUCUUCUAUUAUUUUAUGCAAUUUUAAUUAUGAUUAUAAACAUUUUUAACCUUAAUCUCUAGACUUUAUGAAGCUUUUCUGACCCAAGUAGCAUUGAGCUUCUUGAUGGCAAUUUGAACUUCAGCAAAUUGGGUCCUUGCUACAUUAUUCCUAGUCCUUUCAUACACUUAUUAUCUCUCAAGGAUGAUGCUGGCUUAUGAUAACGUACCUCAUGAGCUAAUUUUAGCAUGUUGAGAAGUAUGCUGCUUCUAUGCACUUGGAGCAUACCUGACCUCUAGGAUACUAUUCAGGGAGCUAUCAGCAAAUUUCGAAGCUGAAGAAUCAUCUAAAGAAUUCAAACAAUUCCUGAAAUGUCUUCCAGAAGGAGUCUCUAUUGUUGACCAUGAGAAUUCUGAUAUUAAGUUUUAUAACUCAAGGUUAAGAGAGAAGUUUGAUAUAAAUUCUUACUGAGAGUCUGGCAAUCAGCUCGACCAGUUCUUAGAUCUCAAAGCUCAGAUAGAUAAGGAGUUUGAUAAUGCUCUAAGGAAUGUGAAAGAAGGAUCUUGAGAAAGUUCACUAGGAAAUCAGCCAUUUCGGAUACUCAUGAAGAAGUUCAAGAUCAUCAAUAAAUUUGAUAUCAAUACUAACAGGGUCUCUAGUCAUGAUAUGAUUCCUUGUUUUAAAGACCUAUCUCCUUCUUCAUCGUUUCUUGUAAAGAAGCAGAAGAUUGGAAAUCCAGAUGAUAUCACUCUCCUUGAGUUUUUACAUAAGGAAAGAGAGCUACUGAGAAAUCAAGAUGAUGAUGAAAGAGAGACAAAAAUAUCAUUGUACCUUGAUGAUUUUAACUUUAUCAAUGGAGUUGAGAUAAUGAAGAGAGAAUUUGUUAUAAAAACUCGUAGAGUUAGCAGAACUUCUCCUGAAAACCCAAAAACGUCAAUGUUCUUGCACAUCUUCAGCGAUACUACACAGAUUACUGAACUAGAAGAACAGAGAGCUCAAAAUAAGUAUCAAAAACAGAUGCUUGCUAAUGUCUCUCAUGAAUUCCGGACACCCCUCAACGCAAUGUCAAUCAGCCUUUUCCUUCUAAGAUCCAAAAUAAUAAGAGGUCCUCAGCAAAAAUUUCUCAAGAUAGCCUCUUCAAGCUGUGAUAUACUUCGUUUUCUGGUCGAAGACAUCCUAGACCAUGCCAAAAUAGAAUCAGGAGUCUUUGAAAUCAAAGAAGAGAUUUUCAAAGUUUCCAAACUUUUGGAUGAAAUUGAAGACAUCUUUGAACUCCAAGCUAAUCAGAAAAAGAUUGCCCUGAGGUUCCAUGCUGAGAAUGAAAUAGCAGACAUGUACAUUAAGACCGACAAGCAGAGACUUAAACAAGUCCUGAUGAAUUUAGUCUCCAAUUCUCUAAAAUUUACUGACAGAGGCUCCAUCAGAGUCUACUUAGAGCGUAAUAGACAUGAAGAAUGAAAACAAAGAAGCAGAAACAUAAGUAACAAUAACUUAAUGUUGAAGCAGCUUAAUAGUACAUUAGAAUUAAGUGAUAUGCUUGAUAGUUAUGCUGCUGAAAAACCUCAAAUUCCAAGAGUUGUUAGUUACAUGAGACAUCCUGAUAAUAAUGAUUAUCGAGAUGAUGACGAGAUCUUUUGAGACACUACCAAUUCUUGUCUUGAACCAAAUUCGGCUCAAUCAUCUCAACUACAAGCUUAUGAACUCACUUUAACAGUAAUAGACUCCGGAAUUGGCAUACCCAAGAGAGAUCAAUCUUCUUUAUUUAAGCUCUUUGGCAAAACAAGUUCAAAUCAUGAUAGGAACAAGACUGGAUGAGGCCUAGGCCUCACAAUAUGAAAGAAAAUUCUCCAUAAACUCGGUGGAGAUAUAAAACUCGAAUCUGAGGAAGGCAAGGGCACUAAGGUCACUUGCACAUUCAAUUGCACUAUCUCUUCAAGAGCCAAUAUGUAACCCCAUCUUAACUACACCAAUUAGUCUAAAUUCUAACCCAUUU